UAGAUUAAAUAAACUGAAGAUAAUGGCACUAACUAAUGAAAGCCACCCUGAAGAAUUUAUCCUAUUAGGCUUUGCUGACCGUCCUUGGCUGGAGCUUCCUCUCUUUGUCAUUCUUCUGAUAACAUACCCUAUGGCCGUGAUGGGAAACAUCACUAUCAUACUGGUGUCCAAAUUAGAUCCCCGUCUCCACAGCCCCAUGUAUUUCUUCCUCACCAACCUCUCCUUUUUGGACAUGUGUUAUACCACAAGCAUUGUCCCUCAGAUGUUAUUUAACCUGGGAAGCUCUAAAAAGACAAUCAGCUACUUGGGCUGUGCAGUUCAGCUUUAUUUCUUCCACAUGAUGGGCAGCACAGAAUGUCUACUCCUGGCUCUCAUGUCCUUGGAUCGCUAUGUGGCCAUCUGCAAGCCUCUUCACUACACCCUCAUCAUGAAUCAGCAAAUCUGUGUCCUCCUAGUAUCCAUUGUGUGGCUGAGUGGAAUGACCUAUGCUGUCUCAGAAGCAACUGUUACAUUACAGUUGCCACUCUGUGGUCUCAACAAACUGGAUCACUUGGUGUGUGAGAUUCCUGUUCUGAUAAAGAUUGCCUGUGGUGAAAAGAGUGUUAAUGAGCUCACACUCUUCGUGAUCUGUAUUUUUAUGCUAGCUGUUCCACUCUGUCUAAUUCUUGCUUCCUAUGCUUGUAUUGGGCGUGCUAUGCUGAAGAUUAAGUCUUCUGAGGGAAGGAAAAAGGCCUUUGGGACAUGUUCUUCCCAUCUCAUAGUGGUUUUAUUAUUUUAUGGCCCAGGCAUUAGCAUGUACCUUCAGCCCCCCUCUUCCAUCACUAGGGACCAGCCCAAGUUCAUGGCUCUCUUCUAUGGAGUGGUGACACCUACACUCAACCCCUUCAUCUACACCCUUAGGAAUAAAGAUGUGAAGGGGGCAUUAGGUAGCCUGACUAGAAGGAUUUUCAGUUCCAAGUGA